AGAGCAACAGAAUCCGAGGGGAAAAAGCUGGAGGAGACAGGAACAAGCAAAACCAUGGGAGGAGGAGCAUCACAAGUAACUCCUCUGAAGCGAAACAAUUAAAGAUAAAGGCGAGAUUCCUAGCCUAAAUAAGGAGGAACAAGUGCUAUCAAAGAAGGCUAGGACUUUUCUUUUCUCGGAAGACGUAGAAAUGGCGAAUGGUGGACACAAAGCACAUACAGAUGGCGAAGAGGCGACCCUGUAAAGGAGCAUGGCCGUCAAGCUCAAUGAGUCUGUUGAGCUACAACUAUCAAGAGCUUGGGAAUACCCUGACAGUUGAAAAAUUAAAGCGCUCUUGCGUCAAACAAAUCCCGAUGUAGUGUUUCUAAUGGAGACACGUCAGUUCGAAGAAGAAUGGAAAAAGAAAGUUAAAGAAUUUGGAUACCACACUGGUCGAGGUGUUGCAGCAGCGGACAACAUGGCGGGGGUAUACUUCUGAUGUGGAAAGAGGAGGUACAGAUGGAGAUCAAUGACUGUAUUGUGCAUUUAAUUGAUGCUCAGAUCAGAAUGCCUAACUGUACACGAGCCUAGAGGCUAACUGGAAUAUAUGGAUGACCACAGACUCAGAACAAGUACAAAACUUGUGAGCUAAUAGAGAAGCUACAUAGACAGGUACAACUAUCUUGGCUGGUAAUAGAGUGGAAAACAUAGUCCUGAUGAACGAGAGAUGGAUAUGUUUAGAGAUUUCUUAAAAAGGUGCAAGCUUGAAGAUUGUGGUUAUUAUGGGCGAACUUUCACGUGGGAGAACAAUAAAAGCAACGAGAAUUACAAGAAGAAAAUGCUAGACAGAGUAGUGGGAAAUGAGGAGUGACGGAGUCUAUACCUGUAACACCCUUACUUUAUAUUACAAAACGAAACAGUAAAAUACAUCGAGUUUAAACAUUCUCGGGCCCGAGCUUUAUAUAUGUAUUUUUUUCAAACUUCAAACUAUAAUUUACAUUUUCAAUAGAGUUGAAACAGAAAACCGGGGAAGUCUGCUUUAUUACAAAAUCCACACAACAUAAAACAUUCAAGGAGUUCGGAGUCCUCCGCCCACCUCAUGGCUUCCCUUCAAACUUGAGUCCCGAUAUCUACAGUAGAGACCUUACUUCUGAUCUUGAUCUGAGGAAAAAUGAUGACGAAGGAUGAGUCGUCGCUCAGUGAAUAAAUUCUAAGCUCAGAUCGGCAUCAAUACAAAAACAGUAUCGGGCAGAAACACCCUAGCACAUAACAGGACUUAAGCGGUUUAUCCCACUUGUCAUUUUACUGAAUCAAUCCAGUUCACAUGCUCACAUUCCACAGUCAAAAUACAUAAACAGAUGACAGAUAGAGGCAUUUUGCUUAUACAAUUUCACUUUCAGACUUGCUAAAUGAUAUACUCCUCGGGUAGUACAGUAGUGGAAGGCUGCAGGAUAACCAUGUACAGCCAUCAGAUAACUGGAGUACCGCGGGACAAAACCCAGUCCGAUAUAAACAGGAGUGCACAAGGCACGAAACAGGAGUGCUCGCACCAACAGGAGUAUCGCGGGACACAACCCGGACCGAUACAAAAAACAGGAGUCGCCACGGGAUUACCCCAGCCCGGCUAACUGAACAGAACAGGAGUACCGUGGGUCGUCACCCAAUCGGCACGGUGCGGAGCACGAGCGCUCAAACAGGAGUAUCGUGGGGUUUACCCACAUCGAUACAAACAGGACACACUACUGUACCGAGGUAUCAUAAAGCCUUUUUACUUAUUCUUAUGUAUUCACCUCUUUUCAUUAAUAGUUCACUUAGACACUAUAGGCUCAAAAGCAUUCAUAGUGCUUUUGCACCCUCAGUAACCACAGAAUGGAAUGUAAGUUGAGGAGCUGACUCCGAGUUAUUCAAGCAAAACAGGAUUAGUAAGCCUAAUGGCUUACCCCAAAUCUAAACAGACAAGACGGGUUCGCAAGUUCGAAUACUUACUCAUAAUCCACCCAAUAAAUCAACAAAAUGUCUUUCCAUAUCCCAUUCACAAUUCAUGCAUUUCCAACUUCAUACCAAAUGCAGAUAAUGAAUAAACACAAAUAAGUCAUAUCACAAUAGCCAUAGGAAUAAACACUAAUACGCCAUAUCACAUAGCCAUAUCAUUUCCCAUAAAUUCCCAUAUUAUACCGGAGCCUCCUCAUGACCCCGAUAUGUAUUCGGGCCGCUUCAUGACCCGAAUACUGUGAUUAUGUUGAAGUAGAUCUAAGACUAGAAUCUACUCACUGUUUUAUCUUCACUAGGCUAUGCCCUUGCCUUUGGAUGAGCCCCCGGCUUGCUCCUUACCUUUAUAUACAAAUUUUCCAGAUUAUUCAAGCACCAAGACACGUAUACAAUCAUCAUAAUCGUGGUUGUAUUCAUGCAUGUCGAUAAGGCCACUAGGGAAGUCAUACAACCGUACACUUACCCUGCUUCAUCAUUUCGGUCAUUUCUCCCUUGAUACUUAACCAAAUCAAUUGAUUCUUAUUGCUACUGAAACUAGAUUCAUAGGGAUACAACAUAUCCAAAUUUCAGACCAUUUGGGUCAGUAUUUUGAGCCCAGAAAUCAUUUUAAAUUGACGUUUCGAAACUGUCAGCUACUUUCUUCUCACUUCAAUCCAACUCCCCUACUUCUAACAAUUGUUCCUGACCACUUCGAACUCAAAACUAAGAUCCGAAAGGUCAACUCAAAGAAACUUAUAUACUUAACAUUACACCAAAUUUAUAGAAAGAUCCAACGGCUACUUCGUACAAGAUCUUACCUCUAAUCUGCUGUCCUGCUACAGGAAAGCAAUGUCUCACCCCUUCUGUCCAGCGACGUUCCUAGAUUAACCAGAGAUCAUAACAAUGAUCCGAACGGUCCAAUCGUAGAAAAGGACAUAUGAAACAAAAUCUCUAAAUAUCAAAACGAUCCAACGGCUCAAGUGUCCAGAAUCGUCCUUCCCACAAGCUGUCCUGCUGCUGGACGAAAAUUGGCAGCACCCCUUGUUUCCCCUCUUCUUUCUUUCCUUGAUAUCCUUUUCUCUCUAUCUAUCUACUACUUGUUUCUGAAAAGGGAUGGUGGUUUUUGGGGUGGUGAAACCAGGUGGAAGAAAGAGAGCAAGGGAGAGAGAGACGUGGGAGAGAGUGAGGGGAAGAGAUGAGAAUACAAUGAGAUAAGAGGGAUGGGGCAGAUUUUUAUCUCCCCAAAAUCCCCCUUCAAUCCUCCAACCAUCCAUAUCUUACACUUAGGUUCCCCAACUUUCCUUUCCUGACAGUUAAGUCCAAAACUCAACUAUUCACUUACUUUUCGGUUCAAAAGACCAAUUUUUGUAACCCAAUCACAACCACGUAAUUAUAACGUAAUAAUUAGUACGAGGGUAGGGAUGUUACAAUACCCAAACAUGCGAGUGUAUCAUCUGGAGAGAUGUGGUUCUGAUCACAUACCAAUACAUGUAAAACUUAACC